AGCAAUUGGACAGCAUACCAAAUCACCAAUACUCCAUUCUCUCGCUUCGACCUUCACGCCUUCGUUUCCGCAGAAACAUACUCGCCAAACCAAGAUGCAAUUCACUACUCUUGUCGCUCUUCUCGCCUCGGGCGUUGCCGUGAAUGCUAUGCCCGGCGGUGGUGGUGAUGGCCAUGGCUGGUCUAAGACCACCUCAAGUUGCAUCACCAAAUCAACUUGUUCUAACACCGUAUACCCAUGGACCUCUGUUUACUCCAAGCCCGAGACUUAUGUCUCGACUUACGUGACCAGCUACCCAGCUACUACAACUGCUACUGUGCCAAGCACAUACACCACAACUGAGAUAUCUUCGCAGACCGGCAAAUCUACUACCACUGGCUACUCCACUUACACGGAGUCCAAUGUCUACAGUACCUACACCACGGUGAGUGUUCUCCACAUCUGAUCCGCAGCUUCUUCUCAACACGAUCAAUAUUCAUAUUCUUCAAAAUGCCCGCUCACAUCUCCA